CACUUUGAAAAAUGAGGAAUGUCCAGUUCGCAUAAACAGGUGUCCAUUUGCCUGUGGUUUGAAGCCUGUUCAGACCAGCCCCAAUGUCUUCAAAUAUGAUACUCUUUUUCUUUUACAUAGUUCAAAGUAUUUUCUUUUCUUUAAACAUGAUCUUAUUUGAUGCCAAAUAUGUACAAUCGUUACCUUUUUCAAUACGAAGACAUAUAACAAAAAUGGAUGGAUGAUUUUCUUUCUUAUUUUAAAUUCUUUAAAAAAUUGCUUUUUUGUAGUUCUAAAAUGUAGCAAAAUGUACAAUUAGUCAUGAAACAAAUCCAUUAAUUAAAAGUAGGACAUUGUUAUUAUUAAAUGUUCAGCUUAAUUUGCAGGUGUGCGAAAAACAAAUAGACAGUAACGGAAUGUUUUGGCAACUAUUUUUUAUAAAUAAGGAUUAAAUAAGUGUGGAUAAUUUUUGGAGGAUUAAGAUGAAAACGAUGAUGACUUUGUUCUAUAACAAAUGUCAACAAUGACGUUUAAGUCAACAUUCCCCAAAGCUAUCUCCUCACCAUAUAAAUGAGGUGGCUUCACUCAGUGUUAGUUAUCUGUGGUUGGUACCCUAAGUAAAAAUCUUAAAACCAAUUACUGCAACUAUGAAGAUCGCCAUCUUCUUCCUGCUCGUGGGUGUAAGCAGCUGCUUCGUUGCUGCUGAUCAUGUACCUGGUCAUGUUAGUGGUGGCCUAGAGUCAUGCCCUGGAAAGCUCACACUUGAUCAAGGUCGAACUUUGGCCACAAUGGUUGUUAUAUUGAUUCACAAAUAUGAAUAUUUGAAGCAAAGAAACCUGCAAAAUUCCCCUGAAAAGAUAUGUCUUUUGGAUACCGCCUUCUUAAUUGUGAGACUGGUGGCAAGCUACAAGCAAUGUGAUAUCAACAUUAUUGUUCAAGUAGUGUUGAAUUGCCUGGAUGUUGACAUUCAGAAUAAAGAAAUAUUCAAAGAAGCUUUAUUGAGAAAUCAGCCUGAGUUAGCUGCAUCAUUCAACGCAGAUAUGAGUGUACUUAUCAAGGCCGUAUGUUGCUCAGCGGAUAAGCUUAUUAGUACAGAUGGCUUGUCCCUUAUUUCCCUAUUACAGGAAGUGCUUCCUUCUUUGACUGGCUUACUCGGUUCUCUUGUGAAUGCAGUUACAAAUACUCUUGGCUCAGUCCUUAAUGUAGUUUUUAGCCUUGUUAACAACGCUGGUAGAUUAGUGUUUUCUGUCACCAAUUUAGCUACUGGUCUUGUUGAUAAUCUUGUGGAUGGUGUUCUGGGUGGCAGACUUCUUGGUGGUGUUCUGGGUGGUAGUGGUUCAGGUGGUGGUGCUCUGGGUGGUUUAACUGGAGGUGGUUCAGGUGGUGGACUUCUGGGUAGUUUAACUGGUGGUGGUUCAGGAGGUGGACUUCUAGGUAGUUUAACCGGUGGUGGUACAGGCGGUGGACUUCUGGGUAGUUUAACCGGUGGUGGUUCAGGCAGUGGACUUCUGGGUAGUUUAACCGGUGGUGGUUCAGGCGGUGGACUUCUGGGUAGUUUAACCGGUGGUGGUUCAGGCGGUGGACUUCUGGGUAGUGUAACCGGUGGUGGUGGUUCAGGCGGUGGACUUCUGGGUAGUUUAACCGGUGGUGGUUCAGGCGGUGGACUUCUGGGUAGUUUAACCGGUGGUGGUGGUUCAGGCGGUGGACUUCUGGGUAGUGUAACCGGUGGUGGUGGUUCAGGCGGUGGACUUCUGGGUAGUUUAACCGGUGGUGGUGGUUCAGGCGGUGGACCUGUUAACAACCUUCUUGGUGGCCUCACCAGUUAAAUCAUCAUUCCUUCUGAUUACAGGCACUUCAGUGAUUCUCUUCACCAAGAAAAAGAAGUGAACAACAAAGAGUCUGUCCUCUAAUAUCCAGAUGAUUUUUUCUUCUUUUCAAAUUAUAAUACUGUUUCUUCUAUAGAACUGUGAAUGGUUUGCUUUCUCUAAACUUGAAUCUAAUCAAAUAAAUAAAAUAGAUAA